AUGCAAUUUUAAAAUAUUGUAAAAUCUAUUUAUCGUGUUUCCCCCUGUUAUGAUUCACAAUUGAGUUGUUUGUUGCAUCGGCAGUUGUCAAAACAAAACGCUAGUUGUCUGUUCACAACUCAACUCUGUUGACUUUGCUAAGUUGUAUGUGAGCUGUCAAAAUCAUACAACUGCCAUUUAUUAUUUUGUUUACACGCCUGUUAACGUAAAAAUGGAGAGGAUCAACAAAGUAUCAACCAAGCAACAGCUAGACCGCCUUGUCGACUUAGUUACAAAAAAUCCCAGCGUUGGUAGAAACAGACGCUUAUAUGGCUCUAGUCGUGAAGAGUUGAAGAAAAUUUGGCAGCAGUUUGCCGUCGAGCUGAAUAGGCUGGGACCGCCGUCAAGAACGGGACCCGAAUGGCAAAGGGUGAGUCACAAUAAAGCCAAAAACAAAGAAGCAAACAAUUUGCUUAUACGUCUUACUCAGGUGUGGAUCCAUUAUAAAGCUAACCUGAAGCGCAAGUUGGCACGUAAUAGAGAAAUCCAGGAGGCGAACGAACCCGGCGUUUUCCGCGAAAUCAGUUUCUCUGCAACUGAGGAGAAGGCGUAUGAAAUUACAAAAAAACUAGAUUUGCUAUCGUCCAAUACAACUGAAUUUGUUGAUGUGAGUACGAAUGGUAACGAAACUCCGCCGCCAACUGCCGGGUCGCCGCCGCUAAUUACUGAAAACGCCGAACCGCCGCCAAGCAAACAUUCAAAGACAGCCGAAGCGCAGAUGCAUUUACUCGAGGGGAUGGCUGGCAAGCAAGACGAAAUGCUGCGUACGCUCAGACAACUGCGAAGCACCCAACAUCGAAUGUACCAGUUGAAGUUGGAGAAAUUCAAGUUGCUGAAGAAGCGCGAAAAAGAAGCGAGUGCGCUGCGAAAUCUACGAAUAGAGCUUUCCAAAGAAAAAUUAAAGCAAAUUAAAAAGCGAAAAUUUCCUCUAAAGGAUUUGAUGAAAAAUGCAAGCGCCUUUUAAAAACACUUUUUUUAUUGAAAAUUAUUGCAGUUAUUGUUAUAAUUUGCUUCACAUAGGAAUCUGUAUAUGUAUAUGUAGAUUAUAUUAUAUAAUAUGUAUGUAAUUAUGUAUGUAUAUAUUGUAUAUAAUUGGUAUGUAAUUGAAUCGAUAAGAUUUGCAUAGUAUACGUACAUAAGUAGGUAGUUAAUUAUGCAUCUAUAUAAUUAUGUAUGUAUGUAUUUACGCGUAAUAUUCAUCGCUUAACUCGGUUAUUAGUCUUUCGUAUAGUCUGCUAAAUAUUUUAGUAUUACGUAUGUAUGAGCGUUCAUUCUUACAGUUGUGUGUCUGCAGGCCGCAUGAGCAGCAAUUAAUUAAUAGUUAACUGCUUAUGUUUGAUUUUCGGCAAGUACGCGCUUUUCUCAUGACUUGUGUCCACUUUGCGUACUCUCUUGUUGUUUUUGCAUUUACAUAAGGCCUUAACGCGCUUAGUGUCAGCUACAACUUCUUCAAAUUAAACUUUUUUCAUACAAUUUCACACACAUUUAUAAAGUAGUACAGCUAGUAAUUUUACAGUUAAGUUCCACUAAAAUGUAAAUACAUAAAUUAAUAUAUACAAAAUGUUAUUGUUAUACGUUUUUUUUGGUUUUAUAAGUUUUAGUUUUAACAGAUAUGACGAUGACUUAGUAGAAAUAUGAAUUUUUAAUAUGAAAGUUUUUUUUUGCUUGAAAUACAUUAUAUGUAUAGUAUUGUUUUAUAUACUAGCAAUUACAUUGUAAUUGUAAAUCAUACAUUAUGAAUUUAUUUGUAUUUAUGAAAAAUGUUGGCGAUUAGUUAAUGGAUUAGUUUGGUAGUGUAGUUGUAAGCGCCACUCAAAUACACACGCACGUACUUUUUUUAUGGCGCUUUUGGUUAUAAAGUAAUUAAAAAAAAAAAAAACCAAAA